AUGAUUCGGACAACUCCCGCAGCUCUUCGUAUUGCAAGAAUCCAAGAAAAGCUGAUGUUGGCAAUCGGUCAACAUAAUAUUCCUGGCCUGCGCUGGCUGGUGGAAGGAUUCAAUUAGUUGGUUUCCAUUUUCACGACUUUCAUAACCAAAUAUAUGUACAGCUACGAUACUCAAAGAGUCAAAGAAGUCGGUGCGGAGCGUGCAGCCGCGGAAUGGAUUGUGCGCUGUGGGGGACGCGUAAGGUCAGCUCAACGUUGCGAAAAACGAUAUUUUUUUCCAAUUUAUAGAUUGCUCAAUUUUUUGUGAUAAUUUAUCGAAAGAAAAUUUUUUUGCAGGUUUCAUUCGAUAAGCGAUGAGUUUUCUGAUUACAAUGCUCUGAUCAAGAGAACUGCGGAAUUGGACCCGCGCGUUCCUGCAGAUGACGUCGUGCUCCGUAGUAUUUAUGCAGAAGACGCCAGUGUCACCGGCUUCGGUUGCAGACAUUUCGGUGCG